AUGGCUGACGAAUACAACGCCGAGGAGGCUGCCGAGCUUAAGCGCAAGAGAGCGUUCCGCAAGUUCUCCUUCCGGGGUGUUGACCUCGACCAGCUCCUCGAUCUCGGCUCUGACGAGCUGCGCGAUGUUGUGCACGCCCGCGCACGGCGCAGGAUCAACCGGGGUCUGAAGCGGAAGCCGAUGGGCCUGAUCAAGAAGCUGCGGAAAGCGAAGCAGGAGGCCAAGCCGAACGAGAAGCCGGACGUCGUCAAGACGCACCUGCGUGACAUGAUUGUCGUCCCGGAGAUGAUUGGCAGCGUGAUCGGCAUCUACUCCGGCAAGGAGUUCAACCAGGUCGAGAUCAAGCCGGAGAUGGUUGGCCACUACCUGGCAGAGUUCUCUAUCUCCUACCGGCCUGUCAAGCACGGUAGACCCGGUAUCGGUGCUACUCACUCUUCUCGUUUCAUCCCCCUGAAGUAG